CCAACCACAGAAGGAGGCGAAGAAGCCGCGAGACAACAGAAGCGUUAGCAUUAGUAUUUAAAUUAGCAUUUAGCUGUCUGUUUUUGAAAUAAAGUGUUUUAUUAAAUAUAUGAAUUUAUUUGUUUAAAUGUAGUUUUUAGUGCGCGGGAUUUCUCCGUGAAUGUAGAGUGUGUGUGUAGUUUGUGUGUGUGUGUUUUAUUUACAUACUUCGGGUGUGUGUGUUUGCGUUGAUGAAGAUGGAGUGUGUAAAGUCAGGUUGUGUCUCUGUUGGGGAUGAAGUGGAUGGAGGAUCUCAGAGUCAGGUGUUAACUCCGUUCAUGUUGGCAAAGAUUGAGAGGAACAGACAGAGAGCGCUGAUGCUGAGACAAUCCAGACUCGCCAACCGACCACCUGCUGGUGAAGGUGCCACCUCAGCCAAAAUAGCGAAGACGAUCGACUCAGGUGCUGGAUUCUUCAUCGAGGAUGAAGAGGAGGAGGACGAGCAACGAGAGCAGAGAGUGGUCUAUAAACCUGCCCCAGUGAUGGAGCCGGAUUAUCUGGUGUGUGAGGAGUGUGCAAAGCCGUUUAUGGACUCGUACCUCAGCAACAGUUUUGAUCUCUCAGUGUGUGACAAGUGCAGAGACAGUGAGGUGAAACACAAGCUGAUUUCUCGUACAGAGGCGAAGCAGCUUUUCCUGUUAAAAGACUGUGAUCUGGAUCAGCGAGAGCCUCCACUGCGCUUCAUCCUAAAGAAAAACCCUCACAAUCCUAGCUGGGGAGACAUGAAGCUCUACCUCAAAUCACAGGUGGUGAGGCGGUCUCUGGAGGUUUGGGGCAGUGAGGAGGCUCUGGAGGAGGCACGAGAGACUCGAGAGGAAAACAAAGAGGUACAGAAACAGAAACGCUUCAACAAGAAAGUCAAAGAGCUAAGGCGUACGGUGAGGAGCAGCAUGUUCAGGAAAAACACUGGUGUUCAUCAGCAUGAUUAUGGUGAGGAGGAGCUGCUGGAUGAAGAAGAGGAUCAGUACAGGAGAGUGUGUAAGACCUGUGGACACCAGCUCACCUAUGAGAAGAUGUAGAGACGUCCGUAUUUCAAAUCCAUCCGUGAACCGUUCCUGGAUUGCAGUAUGAUGGGAUCAUUUUUACUCAUGGUGCUGCUUUUACAUUUCACCACCUGUUUUUCUAUGAAACACUUCCUAAACGUGCUUCCUACAUAGUGAACUACCUGCAGAUUGGAACACGUUUGUAGAUGAUGUUCUGUUACAUGCUGAAUAAAUGAGAUGUACAAUAAUUUUGUAAUUAAAAAAAAAAAGGAACUGCU